GUUGUUAACUCGCUUUCAUGACUUAAAAAUCAAAUACCACCUGAGAACUUACACCUUUCAACCUUCAAUCAACCCUAGAGAACCCGAAACAAGACUCGGGAUAAGAAAAUAUGGAAUUUGAGCCAAGCGACUUUCUCGCUCAUCAAUUCCAUUCCACACAGGAACCAAGUACGCGCAGGGAUGGCAGGUAUCAACUAGGGAGAAUGAGCGCCCCCUUCUACCCAGUAUAUGUAGCAUUCGACAGCCUAGCUUGACGGGUGCCCGCUGAUCCUCUUCAAUCCCUUCUUCCAAAGCGAUCUACCUCUGCCCUACGUCUACACUAGCUUACGACAACUUUCAUAGACCGUGAUUCCCCGGAUCAUCAGCCCUACUGUGGACUACUCCUGUCAUUAUGGCGAGAAUUACCAAAGCCGUGUCUCGUCUCUGCGUCUGCCUCGUUGCCUUCCUAGCGUUGUCGCUGCUGAGCGAGACUCGUCCCAUUGCUUCGGUAGCGAGGGAAGGCUUGCGAUCACUGGAUGCACGAUCACCCGAUCCGCGCAUGAUUCCCGGCACGGGAGAUCUCCUUGGAGACAUCUUCAGAAAAGUUGGCCUUGACAGCCUCGCCCGUCUUAACAAGCUGGAAAACUGGAAGCAAAAUAACAACGACCCGGACGUGAUCGACGGCAGCAACAUCACCCAGCCGAUCGUCACCUCGCACCAGAAUAAUAAAUCUGCGCUGCCAAAUACCACGCACAGGGGGGAGCACAAUGAUUUACCGGACCCGAGUGAGAAGCCGGGCCAGUUUUUGGGUGCUAUGGUUGAUAUACUGUCGAGUAAGCUGGGGCAGGCUAUGCAUAGCAGUGAUGAGGUGACUCUUUAGGCGGGGGGGAAUCAUGUCAGGAUCAGAGAGGGGAAUGGGGUCGGGAAGAGGGGAUGGCUUGGUUCUGGGGAGUUCGAUGGAAAGCC